GAAUAUGACGACUACGAUGCCGAAUUCUUCUACGUCGAAGAUGAGUACAUGGCAGCCGACGACCUCGCAGAGCACGCCGUAGCCUCGCCCCCACCGGCCACAUGCGGCGACGAAGACAUGGAAGAAGACUGGGACCGCUUCGAUUACUUCAACGAUCUCGAGUACGCCUCCGACGGCUAUGAUGACACUAAAUUCCAGCCACUCGACGUCAAGGGCGCAAAGGCGGGCUCCAAGAGGAAACGGCCAGUCCGCCGUCCACCCAGGAAGAGCAAGGCCGACACCAACACAAGUAUGGGCGCGGAACCCGCUGCGCCAACUCACUCGCCCAUUGUCUGGCGCUCUCAGGCAGACCGCGGCGUGAAACCCAAAGCACUCGAGGAAAACGCGGAGCCAUAUGCCCUGUUCAAGAACUGGCGCGAGAGGCUUGCCAACAUACCAGAAUGGGCAAAGGGGUCGCCGCCAACCUCACCAGGCGCACCGUCAAUUUCAUCAGAAAAAGGAAAGGGGAAAAUGGCUUUUAUUACAGAGCCCGCAUCACCGCCCUACGACGAGGACGAAGAAGAGGGCCACGACGAGGCUAUGAGUGAACAAGGACAAGGCAUCUCUCAGGAGGCUCUUCUAGCAGCCCUGCAGCGUCAACUCGCUGCUGCCGGUGGUCCACUGAGCGGCAUGGAUCCCCAACAGCUGCUCGAGUUCGCCAUGCGCAUGGCCGCCGACCAAGACGCAGGCGACGACAUUGCGGGCGAGAUGGCCGACGCAAUGCUCGAAGGCUCAGACGAAGAAGACGACGGCGACGCCGAGGAAAAGCUUCUCUCCUGGGUAGCCCAACAGCGCAAUGGCAACAAAGAAGUCGCAGAAGCCGACUCCGUACCCACCGACGUAGCCCCCUCCAGCAAACGACUCCCCACGCCCCCUCCCUCAACCGCCACUCGCAACGUCUCCGCAUCCCAAACAGACACCACCCCCUCCGUCCCCACUCCCACUAGCCAAUCCACGGAUUCAAAAAUCCCAAAGCCCUCCCGUAAACGCAAAGCCGACGACGAGGACUCCACAGAUGCUCCCAUAAAAACAGCAAAGAAACGUUCGACGAGAUCCUUUGAUGCGCCCACAGCGGCUAGCCAGGCUAAAGCUGCGACGGCGAAACCUGCUACGAGAUCGAGAACCGGUCGGCGG